CAACAAUGUGACAGACAACACAGCCGCUCGGCUCAGAGUUGUAGUGGAUAUCGGCUCAGUGAACGGAGGGAGGGCAGAGGCGAGCCAAGCCGAGCCGCAUGCUCGCUGUGCAACAAGGCGUACGGGAGCGGAAUAAUGAAGCGGCGGCCAGCAGCAUCCAGACAGCAGCGAGGCGGCGUUUAGCAUCAUGUUGUGUGGAUGCUCUUCUGCAAGAGGAACGUCACAAAACUUCACAGGAUUCCUCAAACAUUAAUGAAAGAAUCAAAGCAAUGCUCCAGGGUCCCGUUAGCAUCGGACACAUAACAGACUCAUGGGCAGGAAGAAAUAAAGGCAUCAGUUCAGCCCCUCCCCAGCUGACCUGUGGGUUGAGUCCUGGCUGUGGGGAUUUGUUGUUGGCGGGCCAGCUCCACGGGUGUCUAUGUGAGCGAACGGUAAUGAAGUCCAGCAUGAAGCAGUGGCGGAGGGUGUUGUUGGUGGCCAUGCUGGUCUGGAUUCUGGUCUUUCUUGCUCUGCUCUCCUACUUCCUGGAUGCCCGCGUGGACGAGUCUCUGACUUCUGUUGGCUCUUUACUCUCCCAGCAUCCUGACACCAGGCGGCUGGCCUCCAUACAAGCCUCCAAUCAGCAGCAUGCCGUCUUUGGCUUAAGACCUGAACAGGCUUUGCAAUUAACUACGACAUAUCUCAGAGAUAAACCAGGACCACCAGGACCAGGACCCUCCACCAGCUCCAUAACCUCAGAGACCAGCAUGGAGGCAAGCCAGAGCCCUUACGUGACUUACGGUAGCCAGGAGGCAGGUCGCCAGGAGUACCUGGACCCACAGAGCCUGGCUGCCUGGUCCUCCUUUGGUACAGAGAACGUGGGCUCUCAUUCAGACCCUGCGGUCCAGAGUCGUGAGAGAAUGUACCAGAACCAGAUCGGUACCACACACUUCCACGGCGGUGAAGAUGAAGAGGAUGGCAGAGAAGAUCAGGAUCUUGAGCCCAAAAUUAGGACUGCAGGAGACGGGAGAACUGGUGGCGAGUCUUCUGACUUGGAAGAUUACUAUUUCUCCCGAUCUGCCUCUGUGGUGCGGAGGCUGUGGAAGGGCCACGCGUCCGCCGGCAUGCUGAGUCCCCGACUGCAGCGCGCCAUGAAGGACUACAUGAGCGCGAACAAACACCACGUUUUCUACAACGGACAUCGCAAAGGUUCCCAGAGUGCCAAAGCGUUGCUGUGUCAAAUGAAGGCCGAGGGUCAGCUGAAGACGGUGGAUGGGUUGGAGGAGCCCUUCUCCUCUCUCGGCUGGGCCGACUUCGUGCCAUCCCAUCCGCUGGAGCUGCUGAACAAACGGCAACAGGGAAGGAGUGGCUUCAAAAGCUGCGCAGUUGUCACCUCUGCUGGCGCCAUCCUGCAUUCCAGGCUGGGCAAGGAAAUAGACGCUCAUGAUGCAGUUUUGCGGUUCAACGCGGCCCCAACAGAGGGAUAUGAGCAUGAUGUGGGAAACAAAACUACCAUCCGCAUCAUCAACUCGCAGAUUUUGGCGAACCCCAAGCAUGAGUUCAACACGAGCUCCAUCUAUAAGAACAUAACGCUGGUGGCCUGGGAUCCUGCGCCUUACACUGUCGACUUGCAAAAGUGGUAUGCCAGUCCGGACUACAACCUGUUUGGUCCGUACAUAGAUCACCGUAAGGCCCACCCCGACCAGCCCUUCUACAUCCUGCACCCCAGCUAUGUGUGGCGGCUGUGGGAUGUGAUUCAGAGCAACACUCAGGAGAACAUCCAGCCCAAUCCGCCCUCGUCUGGCUUCAUAGGCAUUCUCCUGAUGAUGGCGCUGUGUGAGCAGGUGCACGUGUACGAGUACAUUCCCUCCAUGAGGCAGUCCGACCUGUGCCACUACCACGAGCGUUACUACGACGCCGCCUGCACGCUGGGCGCCUAUCACCCGCUCCUCUACGAGAAGAUCCUGAUCCAGCGCAUCAACACGGGGCCCCAGAGCGACCUCCGGAGGAAGGGACGCGCAACUCUUCCGGGCUUCAGCACCAUCAACUGUGACAUUUGAAAUAUGAAACCUGUCUGAGCCUGAAAGUAAAAAAAAAAAAAAACAAAUAAAAAAAACUGCAUACACUGGUCUUGCUGGUUGACCAAGGGAGAGUUGCAAUAAAGCCACAGCAGACAAGAAGGCUGAGGCUUACUCGUUUCCAAUUAGUCCCCAGUAAGAGCAUAAGCCAUAGCCUCCAGGGAGGGAUCAGCUCCGAGGUCGUCUAAAGACCUUGUCUUCUCUAAUAAUUUACUUGACCAGAGACUGGAGAGGUAAAACACAAAACCUCUGCUUUAGCUGAGCCACGUUAGCUGUGGAGCUGACUAGAGUAGCAACAAAUCAUUGUUUUAGAUAGAAAGUCAGUUUUUAAUAACUUGGUGUGCAUCAGUCAUGUUAAAAAAAAAAAA